UUAUUCUCUUUCCUUUUUACAAAACCCCUAAAGGGCUAUGCUUUUGUUUUAGAUCACAAUCAUAACCCUUGAUCGACAUACGAAUAUCUUAUAUUCCUAUUUAGGUUCACGAAGAUCUUUCACAUAUAUGUAAGUAUAUAAAUAUACCCAUGAAUUGUGCAGCUUUAGUGAAAUUUUCUAUACACAUUACAUAUAGGACAAGCAAGAUAUGGUUCAGGAUCAACAGGCUACGAGAAGAGACUCUGACUGCGGAGGCAAUGGGCGAAACCCAAGAAGACCCAAUGGGAAUGAUUAUCUUAAGCUGUUUGGAGUUAAUAUUAUGGAGAAACAGAAACAACCCAUUAUUGAAGAAGGCAUUACUGCUCUUGGGACUGAAUUUAGCCAGCAGGGCUCUACCUCCAGGAGACAGGAGAAUGGUCGCAAGAGGAUCAGAGAAAGGACAAGAGGAAGAGAGGUCCCUUCCACAGGGAAGCCAUGGACGGAGGAGGAACACCAAAUGUUUUUGAAGGGCUUGAAAGAGCUUGGCAAAGGUAAAUGGCGAGAAAUUUCAGAGAUGUUUGUGAAGACUAGGACCACUACGCAGGUGGCUAGUCAUGCUCAGAAGCAUUUCCUUAGGCAGACCUCCACUGAUUCCAGGAGGAGUCGACGAAAGCCAAGCAUCUUUGACACCCCUUUGAAAGAUUCGGAUGCUAUUGCGCCAGCGAACGUAGACUACCAACCUCGCCCAAUUGAUCAUCCAGUUUAUGCUUAUGGUGCUUCAAGCUACAAUGGGAAACCAUACAUGCUUCAUAAUUCAGUACCAAUAUUAUGGUCCAAUGCUCUGAUAUUUCGCUCUGAAGAUAGUUUCUGGCACAGCCCUUCUAAGGAAACAAGAUCAUCAGACCCCUUAGGAGAAGAAGCUUCUAAUUAAUGUGUGGCAUGAAGCUUAUGUUUAGGUUUAAUUUUCAGCUUGGAAGCUGAGCUAAUAAUAUACAAGUUCAUGAAA